UCCUGAUUACAUGUGUUACCGUCAACAUCAAGUGUUUGUUUCGACUUUUUAUGCUCUAAAUCACAAAUGUUAAGCUUUUGCUAAAUGUCAAGUUUGUGUCUGUGUGUGUAAAGUGUCAUAAACGGCUAAUAUAGCCGGGCUGAUUGUUUCUCAUGGCGGACUGCUGGAGCACCGAUACCGGAGAGGCCGUCUAUCGGUCCAGGGACGCCAUCAAAAACCUGAAAAUAAAAGUCCGGAUAGAAAGGGUGACCUCCACGGCGGCGCUGUCUCAGCAUCUGCAGCGGCAGGUUCUGUCCCAGCAGGAGGGAGCGGACAUCGAACUGGAAACCCUCGCAUCACAAGCUCAGACAGGUGAUAAUGAGGAAGAGGUUCUGGUGGGCUGGCAGGAGAAACUCUUCAGUCAGUAUGAGAUGGAGUUGUUCCAGAAUGAAACGGCAUGUCAGACGCCGCUGGAUCGACAGUACCAUGCAGAGGUCAAGGCCCUUAGCAAGGGCAAGGGCCGGCGAAAUCAAAGGAUUUUCACAUACACUGAUCACGACCGCUACACCAACUGUCUUCCACUCCACCAGGUGCACACUGACUUGCUGACCACAACAAAAUCAAGCCCCACCUUCCUGGCUGAGAGAAUGGCCAGCGUGAGAAACAGACGACAAGAACGGCGCACCAUGGAUUCUAGUGUCCCUAAGUCGAGAAUAAUCAACUGGGAGCCCACGGAAGAGUUUGUGAAGAGCAGUCAUGUGGUGAAUAAUGUCAUGCAGACCAUGCACGUCAUGGGGGACCUGGGUCCUCCUGGAAAGGUGGGACAGAGAGAAAAUGAGUGUUUGCUGGUCACCAUAAAAACAGAUGGCAAUGGAACAGUCAUUGUAAAACCUGACUUCAACAAUGGCAGAGAGCCACACAGGAUUCUAACAAAGAGGAGAGAAGUUUGGCGUCUUACUGUGGAGAAUGUGUCCACAGCCAUGAAACCAGAAGAAAAGGAAAGGGAGGAAAGCAUGUACAAAGUUCUGUAUGCAAGGCACAAGGAGUACCUCAAUAGUCUUGUUGGACAGGACUUUGAAAUGCCCCCUCUCGGUAUUUUGCGCUACAUGAUGAAUGGAGAGAUAGUCUCAGCUAAAGGCUUUGAAUAUGACAAUCUUUACGUCCACUUCUUCAUGGAACAUCCAAAUAACUGGUCCAGCUUGCCAUUUCAUCCUCUAUCGGGGGUUACUCAGACCUGCCGGACCAAAUCUCUUGGGCAGGAAAAUGUUGCUUUCUUCAGUUACCCUUUCACCUUUGAGGCUUUUUACAUGAGUGAAAAGGACAGUGAAGACUCAAUCCUCCAGUGGCCAGUGCUUUACUUUAAGGUUCUUUCCCUGGAUUCGUGGCAGCGCUAUCGCACAGAGGGCUAUGGUUAUCUGCUUUUUCCUGCUGUGCCUGGUAAGCACACUAUAACAUGCCACACAUGGAGACCUCUUCAGAUGGGGACGGUCUCUGCACUGAGGCGCUUCUUUAUUGGAGGCUCUGCGGAGCUUGAAGAUCACAGCUUUGUCAGAAUCCCAGGAACUUUCAAGGGAGACCGGCUGAGUCGUUUUGGCUUUAGCACUGAAACCACAGGAAGUGUCACCUUUACUCUGCACUGCAUCCAGCAGGCCAGGGCUUUUGUUGAUGCUGCCAUCCUGAAGAAGAGGAGACAGAAAGUUGUGGAUCAGCUCGGAGGAUUUAGUCAGCAAGGAGCUGUUUGCAACGUACUGGAGGCUUUCCAGAGGGCCAGGAGAAAGAUGCAAGAGGCCCGAGAAAGUCUUCCAAGAGAUGUUAUCCACUCCACCGCCCAACUUGAUCUCGAAUCCACUGCAUAGGUGCAAAGAAGCCGACAUAACAUCACCAGCAAGUGUGACACUACACUGACUUUGACGUGGUAUAUACAGCAUAGGGAUAUGAAGCUGGCUGGUGGGAUGGGUAGUCAUUUGGUUAAAAGAUGAAUUUAUAAAGAGCUAUGCAAAGUACGCCUGCUAAGUAUGGUUUCACUUGGGAUUGCAUUCUUCGCAUAGUUACUAUUUGUCUCAGAAUGAAGAGGUCUAUUUUUCAGUGUUACAAGCAGUUAACUAUAAUACCUUAUUUUACAUUCUGAUUGUAAUAUAUAUGUUGUCCAUUGAUUAUUUCAGAUCUGAGAACCAUAUUUGUUGUAAAAUAAA